ACCCCUUAACAAAUUCCCAAAUUCCCAAACCCUAAAAAGAACAUUUUUAUCGUUUUAAUUAAACUAAACACAGUGAAGAAGCCGAUUCCAAAGAGAGAGAAAUCUAGAGAAUCUCUCAGUAGAGGACCCCUGAAAUGGCGUCCUCUAAAGUCAUGAAAUCUACUAAUUCGCAAAAUUCGGAUCUCUCCAAACGUUCCUCUUCUUCUUCCAUUAAACCACCGGCUCAGCAACAACAACUACAACUACCGCAACAGCAGACGCUCCCUUCAGCCAUGACGGUGGACGGAAUUCUCCGCGACGUGUACAACUCGACAGCGGUGUCGACAACGACGGACGCAACUCUGCUCGACGCGCAGAUCACGUUGAUCGAGACGAACGAUCAUAAUAUUGGUGAUAAUAAUGGUAAUCAUAAUCAGAGUGAGGAGCAGAACGGUAUCGUUUCUAUGAGUUUGGGGAAGAGUGUGGAUGAUGUGUGGAGAGAGAUCGUGUCGGGGGAGAAGAAGGAGAUGAAGGAGGAGGCAGCGGACGAGAUGAUGACGUUGGAGGAUUUUUUGGUGAAGGCUGGAGCUGUCGAUGACGUGGAUGAGGAAGGUGGAUCUGAGGUCGACGUGAAGUUACCGAUUACCGAGCGGUUGAGUGGUGGGAUCUAUGCGUUUGAUUCGGCCCCACCACCGAGUCCCUUUCAAGUGGAAGGUGCGAUUGUGGGCUUCGGAAAUGGAGUGGAAGUGAUUGGUAGUGGUGGUGGAAUGAGUGGAGGGAGAGCGAAGAGAGGGAGAGUGAUGUUGGAGCCAUUGGAUAAGGCAGCGCAGCAGCGUCAGAGGAGGAUGAUCAAGAAUCGUGAGUCCGCUGCAAGGUCUAGGGAAAGGAAGCAGGUUGAAGAAGGCCUAUCAAGUGGAAUUGGAAUCCUUGGCAGUGAGGCUGGAGGAGGAGAAUGAACGGCUGUUGAAAGAGAAGGCUGAGAGGACCAAGGAAAGGUAUAAGCAGCUCAUGGAAAAAGUGGUUCCAAUUGUUGAGAAGCAAAGACAACCACGUACUCUUCGGAGGGUUCGCUCAAUGGAGUGGUAGGUUAUGUUUUGUUUUGAGCGUAAUGCAAAACAAACACCUUUCUCUGACAUAGGGAUGAAGCAUGGCACCAACAUCAUUUUGGUGAAAUAUCUUUAUUUUAAAAGUAGUUAUUUCAACCAGAUGAUCGUUUGAGAGCAGUAGAAUUGAUUGUUAAUACAAAAGAUGAAAAUAGAUUCUGUCCUCUUUAAGUAAUUGAAAAUUCCUUACUAUUAAAAGAGAGAGAGACAGACUUUCACCAAGUGAGAUAAUGUAGAUCGAGUAAGUAGAUUUAUGUAGUUAGGGGGUGUUGCUAUGCAGAACUUGUUUCUUCAAAUUGCCUUUAUGUUUUGAGAAACAGAAGAUUCUGGAUUAGUAAACUGUAUUUAUGGGUCGACGAGCAAUGUCAGCUCUUUAACACGAUAUAGAUUGGUGAAAAUUCCUUGCUUUGUGAAUUUUCUGGUAAAUUAGUCGGUGACAAAUUUAUGCCAUUUCCUUGGGAUGUCAUAUGUAAUAUUGCUGUUUCUAACAUGUGAAUAAAGCGAUUGACCUCGGAAAACCUGAUUUUCAUCAGGCGAUGGACGCAAUUAUCUGCCAAUGUAUAUUUAUUUUCUAGUUCAAUAUGAAUCUGUAUCUUUUUCAA